UGCUACUCUUGUGCUGAUUUUUGACUUUCCCGCAAAAAAUGCCGUCAAGUCGAAAUAAAAAGAAAGCGUUAAAAGCCGAAGAAGGCGAUGCAGAUGAGGAUGUAUUAAGUGAAAAUAUUACCCCUACCACAAGCAAAUAUUUUCCGAAGACACCUACACAGUGGCUAUUUUUAAUGAACGAUGAAAUUACAAAGCAUGAUGGUAAUGUAGAGAACAAUCCUGUUGUCGCUGCUCUCAGACACCCCAAAACAGACAAGAAGGCCCUGUAUGUGUUCAGUCAGGCUGAUGGCAGUGUUCAUGAAUUGCUGCAUUUCCAGGAGGAAUGUCGAUCCUGGCUUAUAGAGCAAACAGUUCACUCAGAUGGCAGCCUGUAUGUGACGACCCAGGUGGAUCCGGUAUUCCUGGUUUUACCCUACCUAAUCAAGGCAGAACAGACGGGGAAAUUUAUUACGUUGGAGCAGAUUAUCAUUGACGAAGAUUUUCCAGAGUGUGAACGCCUCAUUACUGCAUGCAAGUCUCAGGAUUUACACCAUGUGUCUGAAGUUAAAGGAGAUGAUGACCUGAUGGCUUACAAGUACAGUCAGGAGAAAACACUGUCCUGGCUUAAGUUAAAGACAGAGAGGCUGAGCCGAAGCCUAUCUCAGAAGAAUAUCUGUGUAUCUGGAGCCAGGGCUGAAGAUCUCGUUCAUAGCAAGGCAAAUCAUGAGGAGUACCUGCGUUACGCUUUUGGAAUUGUGUCGGACUACCUUCCCGUCGACCUUGCUUCGAGACUGAGAGAACAUCUUGGAAUACCAGCUGUGAUUGAGAAGAGGCCUUCAGAUGCUGCCAAUCCACCAUCUAAGCGUAUCAAGCUUGAGGACAUUACACCAACUGAAGACUACAGCAAGAACGUUGUACUAGAAAAAAAGGACUCCAAGGGUAAACAGACAACAGCCCAGAAGAAGCUGGAGAAAACUGACAAGACGGGAAUGAGAAGUCUCACGGCAUUCUUCUCUCCCAAACCCAAGUCCUAGAACUGCACAUAUAGCAGGAGGCACAGUGAAGAGUUAAUCUCUUUACUUAUGCGGUAUAAAAGUGUAAGACUGAAGGGCUUGACAUUGGGCGGAAUGUUUAGAACAUUGUUAAAGUUAACAACGUGAUUUUGAACAACAUUGUCGUUAACUUUUAAACAUGAAAUUGAUGAUGAUGUGUUAAUAUAUUAAAUUUAAACAAGUACAGCUGACAUGUGUUCUUAGAUCUAGUUAGAAAUGCUGCAGUUCACAUGUGUAUUCUUUAAUACGAGGGCAGUACAGAUUUUUAAAGUGAACAAUCAUGACUUUAAUAUGGUUGUUAAUUUUAGCAAAGUUCUGAGCAACUUGACAUUGUGGUGCUUUACAAUUUUAUGAGUUGACUAUUUGUGAUUGAUUUAUUGUUGAGAGGGAUUAUAUUUUCUUGCCGUAUUUGUUUCAAAUGUUAAUUAAUAUAAUCUAUGAUAUGAAACUGUUGGAAUUUUACGAAGACUUUUGCUAGAAUAGUUUAGUUUUAAAGAGCAAAUUAGUACAUUAUUGUAAAGUGUUAACUAUUAAUUCAUUCAAGGCCACAACAGUAUAAUUUUAAUACCCCCAAAGGUUGGCAUAUUAAAAUCGCACCGUCCGUCCGUCUGUCCGUGUGUCCGGCUCAAUAACUCGUGUCCGGACUGUAACUUUCCCUUGUAUGGACAGAUUUUAAGAUAACUUGCCACACGUGUUCCACAUACCAAGAUGACGUGUCGCGUGCAAGACCCAUGUCCCUACCUCUAAGGUCAAGGUCAUACUUAGUGUUUAUUCACAAUGGAGUGCUGCAUAUAGGACAUAGAGUAUAAGUUGUCGUGUCUGUGCAGCAACUUUCCCUUGUAUGGACAGAUUUUAAAAUAACUCGCCACAUGUGUUCCACAUACCAAGACGACGUGUCGCAUGCAAGACCCGAGUCUCUACCUUUAAGGUCAAGGUCACACUUAGUUUUUAUUCACAAUGGAGUAUUGCAUAUAAGGACAUAGAGUAUAGGUUGUCGUGUCCGGGCUGUAACUUUCCCUUGUAUGGACAGAUUUUAAAAUAACUUGCCACAUGUGUUCCACAUACCAAGGCGACAUGUCGCGUGCAAGACCCGUGUCCCUACCUCUAAGGUCAAGGUCACACUUAGUGUUUAUUCACAAUGGAGUGCUGCAUUUAAGGACAUAGAGUAUAGGUUGUCGUGUCCGGGCUGUAACUUUCCCUUGUAUGGACAGAUUUUAAAAUAACUUGCCACAUGUGUUCCACAUACCAAGACGACGUGUCGCAUGCAAGACCCAUGUCCCUACCUCUAAGGUCAAGGUCACACUUAGUGUUUAUUCACAAUGGAGUGCUGCAUAUAAGGACAUAGAGUAUAGGUUGUCGUGUCCGUUCUGUAACUCUCCCUUGUAUGGACAGAUUUUAAAAUAACUUGCCACAUGUGUUCCACAUAACAAGAUGACGUGUCACAUGCAAGACCCAUGUCCCUAACUCUAAGGUCAAGGUCACACUUGGGUGUUUAUUCACAAUGGAAUGCUGCAUAUAUAAGGACAAAGAGUAUAGGUUGUCAUGUCCAGGCUGUAACUUUCUCUUGUAAUGACAGAUUUUAAAAUGACUUGCCACAUGUGUCCGGCAUACCAAGACGACAUGUCAAGUGCAAGACCCAUGUCCCUACCUCUAAGUUCAAGGUCACACUUUGUGUUUAUUCACAAUGGAAUGCUGCUUAUAAGGACAUAACAGUGUAGGUUGUCAAGUAUGGGUGGUAUUUUUUUAUGUUUAGAGGCAAUUUAAAAUAACUUGCCAUAUGUAUUUGACACGUGAAGGCAAGAUCAACUUUUCAUGUACUGACCUUGUUCAUAGGUCAAUGUCACAUUCGGGGGCAUUCGUCACAUACUGUGACAGCUCUUGUUUGUUCUUCGGAUUUUGACGGUAUUAAAGCAAUAAGAGCAAGUGAGCGAAAUAAAAAAAAAUCCAUCUUGUUUAAGAACAGUAGCUUUGAAUAUUUUUUGUACAUAUUUUUGUCAUAUAGAAUGAUAAUGUAUUGUAUUUUUUAUAAGUGUAACUUUAAGCAAAUUUCCCACAGAAUGUUCAUUUUAAAUAACUGUUUCAGUUUCUCAGGAAUGAAAUAAGAAUUAGAAUGGUAAAAUAGAAAUAGAAGGUUCGGUAAAUCCUUCGAACGAAGCAUUUAUUUGGUGUGGCAUUAUUUUUACUUUUUCGUAUCAGUGCUAGCUAUUUUUGCAUUAACAAGUUCAUUUCAAACUUGUCUGAUUUUCCAAGGAAGAGUAGUGGAGAUUUUGUAACAGCAUUGAUGACUGCAGUUAAUUGUUUGUGGUCUUCAAUUACUUAAACCUUUGCCAUUACUGAAACACAUUCAAGAUAUUCAUAUAAAACUUGAAACUCAUAUUGCCAUUGACAAUAAGCAAGCAAGGCCCAUAACUCUGGCUUUUAAUUGUUGAGUUGUUUCCCUUGUUUGACUGAAAGUAAAAUAACUGACAGUGUUUUUCCGCGGUGCUCUUGUUUAAUUUAAACAUAUUGUGUUCAAUAUUUAUAUCAACAAUCAGAUUGCAACAUUAUAUGUUUUACUAUCACAUGAUGGAUUAAAACGAAAGCAAAGCUUAUUCUACUUCUCUCAAAUAGCUCUUGUUUGAAGCGCUUUGACCCAUUGUUGUUAUUUAAUUCAAUGAUAAAAUGGUGUUAUUGCUAUUUGUUGUCUCAUAACUACAGUACAUUUCAGUUUGAUAUUUAUUCAGUCAGAUUGUUAAAAUGCAUAUAAAAAUAUCUUUUUACAAGAAUACUAAGAAAACUAUCAAGCCAUGAAUAAAAAUUUUAAUAGUUA